UCAGCACGUGCCGCAUUAUUGGCACGUGCGAUAGGUAGUCUUAGGACAGUGAUGACACGUACAGGUGUCUGUGUUUGCCUAGCCAUUGUACUAUACGGACGUGUUUUCUCUAUUCCCUUAUCACUUGGGUUCACAUUGACAUGUCUGAGAAGGAAAGUUUAGAGGAAAUCAUUGAUUCUCAUCCUGCUCCUCCAGCAAAGGAACCAGCCAGCAAUGACGCUUUCCAGGCAUUAGGCUUAUUCACUACUUACCUGGAUGAAAGACUAAAAAGUCUCCGUGAAGAUAUACGAGAUGAGCAGGUCCUAUCUGCUAAUUCUUUCAAACGGUUGAAAAAGGAAAGAGAGGUAAAGUUCAAGUUUUAUGGUAACCAGAAGCAAUUUGAGUUUAACACAGAAGUGCUUGACGAACUUGAACUAGCAGAGAAAGCUGUUCAGAAAAGUGACGCAAACUCUACUUUGUUAAGCCUGUCGAAAAUCAAGACUCUUAUUCAUAAAAGAAACAAGCUCAUUCGUAUUGCUGACAAAUCUUCCUGUGGUUGGGAUACCGUGAAGGAGUAUGAAAGUGACGAGCUCGCAAGUGAUUCCGAAGAUGAAAAGAAAAUCCGUCAGGCGGAAUUUCGGGCACAACGCAAAAAACGAGUCCAAAAGAAAUCUACUCCAGCAGCCGCGACUGGUGGACCCCCCGGGAAACUGUAUGGCUCUCAAAGUAUUGGCGGUAAUCAUUCUGGUGCUUUUCGUGGCUCCCCUCAGUUUCACCAGCAUUCCAGGUUUCAUCGCGGAGGGACCUGGCCUCAGUUCGGAGGUAGGGGGCGUGGCAGCCCCGCCCCCACAGACUUGUGCCAUGCCUGUGGAGGAGUUGGACAUUGGAGAGCAAAUUGCCCAAAGAUCACGGAUUCAGCCGGAAAAUGAAGACAAUUCAGAUAUUUUCUCGAAUGGUAUUUGGAAGGAGCGUUCCUUAAUAAAAGACGGUAGUCUACGUAGUCUGGCUUCUGACCUACACGACUUCGUGCUAAAAUCAAGGGCAGAUUCUACCAGUAAAGUUUACCAAAGGCGAUUUAAAAAGUGGGUUGAAUGGUGCAGCCUUUACCCAGAGAUCACCCCUAUUCCAGCCAAGGAAUUCCAUGUUGCGUUGUAUUUAAAACAGAUCGCAGAGUCUUCAAAAAGUUCUACUGCGAUUGAUCAAGUAUUUUAUGCUAUCGGUUGGGCCCACGAUUUGGCAGGAUUGCAUAACCCUUGUAAAUCAGCGUUCGUCAAUCACGUGAGAGAAGCUGCCCGCAGGCAAUUAAAGACAUCCGUUAUUAAAAAAGAACCUCUUACUCCAGAACAUUUGAAAAGCUUAGUUUCGAAUUUUGCGGGUCAUAGAGCUAAUUUGAGUGAUUUAAGGCUUGUAACAUUGUGCCUGUUAGGAUAUUCUGCAUUUUUACGUUUUUCGGAAAUUUGUAAUAUUAGAAGAUCAGACUUAAUGUUUUUCGAGUCGCACAUGAAUAUAAACAUACCAAAGAGUAAAACGGACAUUUACAGAGAGGGUAACACAGUUUCAAUAGCUAAGCUAGAUUCACAAUGUUGUCCUGUUUCUAUGACACUUAGGUAUUUGCAGCUUGCUGAAAUUCCUCACGAUUCUUCCGAAUUUAUAUUCAGAUCUUUGUCAUUUUGUCCAAAAUCGAACUCCUAUAAAUUAAGAGGUACUUCACCGUUAUCAUACACUAGGGCCAGGGAGGUGUUACUUGAAAAACUGUCGAGCAUAGGACUUGACCCUUCAAAAUUUUGUCUACAUAGUUUGAGGUCUGGCGGUGCGUCGGCUGCGGCUAAUUGUGGGGUAUCUGACAGAUUAUUCAAAGCGCAUGGUCGAUGGAGGUCAGAAACUGCCAAAGAUGGCUAUGUGAAAGACAAGCUUGAGUCAAAAUUAUUUGUAUCAAAGAAUUUGGGUUUGUAACUUGAUGUUAGUUAAUGUACAUUUUAAGGGAUUACAUGGUAAUAAACAUGUUAACAGUGUAUCCCGUUCUUUGUUGUCUGUACGUCCUCAUAUAGCUAGGCGGACUAACUCCCAGUAAUGAGUUUGAGUUUAUAUGAUAAAUAAUUUAUGUUCGUUUGAGAGAAACGAAUUAGAAUAUAAAUAGAUUUAUCAUAGUUAUGUAAAUGAGUGUAUGGGUAAGUCCGGGUCAGAGUUCAGCACGUGCCGCAUUAUUGGCACGUGCGAUAGGUAGUCUUAGGACAGUGAUGACACGUACAGGUGUCUGUGUUUGCCUAGCCAUUGUACUAUACGGACUUCCCACCCACCCACCCCUUUUUGAAUCGUCUGUGUGUCUACUUUUGUUUUCGUUCUGUGAUUGUAGAACCUUUAUUGGACGGACACAACAUGGAUGUUUGUAACAUUCCGAAGUCGGAUUGAAGCGAAGACACAAUGGGAAAGUGAUGGACUCUGUGCUUGUGAUUUAUUGUUAUAUCUAAAGUGAAUAAAGUACGUCCUCAUAUAGCUAGGCGGACUAACUCCCA